UUGCUCCGAUUAUGAUUAUUUAAUCUUCCCCCUGUAUUUCUCACAAUCGAUUUGAUGCGUUUUUCUUAUGUUUUCCACUUAUUUGCUCGAUUGCUUCGCUUUUUCUAGCAAUUCCUUUUCGAUUUGAUGCGUUUUUCUUAUGUUUUCCACUUAUUUGCUCGAUUGCUUCGCUUUUUGUAGCAAUUCCUUUUCGAUUUCUUUUCGUUUUCUUCACUCACUUCACGUUUAAUUUCUCUUUUUCGCUCCGAUUCCAUCUGGGUUUUCUUUAUUUGUUCACAUCCUGCUGCUGAACUGUCUAUUAGGUUUCUCUGUUUUGCCUUUUGUUCUUUAUAAUCGCCUUUUUUCUCUCUAUUUGGCUUAUGGGUCUUUCACGUGGGGUUCUUGUUCGCUCUGAUUCCAUCUCCGUCUCUCUCUCUAAGUUCCUUUGAAUUUCUUGUUUUCGAAUGAACACUGUCCUUUUGAAUUGGUGACUUUCUUGCUUCUGUCGGAAAGAAUUAGCUUAUUUAAAAAGAUAUGAAGUGUUUCUUUAAUCCAAAGGGGAAAUCCAAAUCCAAAGGAAUAUCCAAAUCCGCUCCAGAGUUGAACCAAGGGGAUAAAUCCAACAAUUCCGCCACCAAAAAUGGUUUCGGACCGUCAAAUUCAUUACCAUCGAGGAGUAUUCCUGAAUUAUUCAAAGAGAAGGAGCAUAAUUUGAGGGUUUUCUCCCUCCAAGAUCUUAUUGAUGCAACAAAUGGCUUCAGCAGGAUGCUGAAGAUUGGGGAGGGUGGUUUUGGAACUGUGUACAGAGGAAGAGUUAAGCCCUCAACUACCAAUGAUGAACCUGUUGUGGUCGCCAUUAAAAAACUCAACCAGCAUAGCUUGCAGGGUCAUAAAGAAUGGCUUGCAGAAGUUCAGUUUCUCAGUGUAGUUGAUCAUCCAAAUUUAGUUAAACUUCUGGGUUAUGCUGCUGAGAAUGGUGAGAGAGGAAUCCAGAGGCUGUUAGUCUACGAGUUCCUUCCCAAUCGGAGCUUGGAGCACCAUCUUUUCCAAAGAAUGUCGCCGACUCUCCCAUGGAAGAAAAGAGUAGAGAUUAGCAUUGGUGCAGCUCAGGGCUUGGCUUAUCUACACGGAGGAUUAGAAACACAGGUGAUAUAUCGGGAUUUUAAAUCAUCGAACGUGCUAUUGGACGAGAACUUCAAGCCUAAACUCUCAGAUUUUGGUCUUGCUAGAGAAGGACCAAGUGGUGAUCACACACACGUUUCUACAGCAGUGGUUGGAACACAUGGAUACGCUGCUCCUGAAUAUGUUGAAACGGGCCGUCUCAAGAGCCAAUGUGACGUAUGGAGUUUCGGUGUGGUUUUGUAUGAACUCCUCACAGGCAGACGAGCAUUGGAUAGAAACCGACCCACGGGAGAGCAGAAACUUCUUCAAUGGGUGAGACAGUUUCCAGUUGACAGUAGUAUGUUCACCAUGCUAAUCGAUCCUCGACUCAGAAACCAGUAUUCCUUGUCCUCCGCCCGGGAAGUUGCAAAGUUGGCAGACCGGUGCCUGAACAAGAAUGCAAUGAAUCGGCCAACGAUGACAGAAGUAGUAGAAAGCUUACAGAAAGCGCUAGUAAUGUCGGAAGAGAAAACGAGCUCAAGCUCGAGCAGUAGCCAGAAACAACAAUCUCAUGGCGUUCUGUUAUCUCCAAGAUUUGUUGAUCAAAAGCAUGGCAUGAUUGGAAGACAAGGAAAGGUAUGAACCUCUCUAUGAAAAGUUUUGACCUUCUACUGUAAUGGUUGUAAGAUUGGAUGUGUUGGAUCUGUAUGAUUAAGGAGUGAUGCAUAAUUAUCGUAAUUUUUUUAAUAAUAG